CAGCAGCCGUCGGGGCUGCUGUGCCGGCGCCAUGCACACGGUGCAAAAGGACACUACCUUCACCAAGAUCUUCGUCGGGGGGCUGCCCUACCACACCACCGACGCCUCGCUGAGGAAGUACUUCGAGGGGUUCGGCGACAUCGAGGAAGCCGUCGUCAUCACCGACCGGCAGACCGGCAAAUCCCGGGGCUACGGCUUCGUGACCAUGGCUGACCGAGCUGCGGCCGACAGGGCCUGCAAGGAUCCGAACCCCAUCAUCGACGGCCGGAAAGCAAACGUCAACCUCGCGUAUCUGGGAGCGAAACCAAGGAGUAUUCAGACUGGUUUUACCUUGGGGGUGCAGCAGUUACACCCAGCACUCAUUCAGAGACCUUAUGGGCUCACGCAUCACUAUAUCUACCCUCAGGCGAUCGUCCAGCCCAGCAUGGUCAUUCCGACGCCUGUCCAGUCCCUCACAUCUCCGUACAUAGACUACACGGCCGCGAGCCAGGCCUAUACACAGUUCACCACAGCUGCCUACGACCAGUACCCGUACGCCGCCUCCCCCGCUGCUGGCUUCAUGGGGUACGGCUACACGGGCGCCGUUCAGCAACCCCUCACGGCCACCAACCCGACGGUAGCGGCCCCGACGGCCUUCAUGCAGUACCAGCCCACCCAACUGCAGCCGGAUCGUAUGCAGUAG